GUUACAAAGACUUCGGUGCAAUGAAUCCAAUGUUGCACAUUAAUUCUCUCCAUCGCACGACAACCAAAUUUCCCUCAAACUAAGCAACCUCUCCUCUCCUCUCCUCUCUCCUCUACUUUAGCUAUCACAUUCCUGCCUCUGUCCUCCACAGGCUCACAACACCACUUAUUCUAUUCUUAGUUAUCCCUGUUAUUGAUUGGCUCAGCAUCAAACCUCUCCUAAUUUUUCCCUAUAAAAACCUCACCAUAACCCCCCCAUCUCACCUCAAUACAAAAUUAAUUAACUUGUCAAACAUAAUCCAAGAAGAAGAAGAGGGCAUAGAAUGGCGAUAGCACGCGAACUGAAGAAGUUGCUCUUCUGCGGAGCAAAGAGCUUUGCUGAUGAUCUCGAAGAAGGCAGCAUUUGGGUUUACGUCGGAGUUGAAGAGCCACAGAGGCUUGAAUUGGAUGCACAUUUUCUGAACCAUCCAUUGUUCGAAGACCUCCUUAAUUUUUCGGUGGAGGAGUUUGGGCAUUCUUAUGAUGGAGCUCUGAGGAUCGCGUGUGAUAUCGAUCUUUUCUCGCAUCUGCUAGGGUUGCUGAGGAAUGGCAAUCCAUCAGUGCACUACAUGGAGCUUCAGCAACUCAAAGAUAGAUUUUACGGACGUAGGGCUCAAGAAUGUCACGGGGGUCGACAAUUGAAAAUAGCUUGAGGAACUGAAGUGCAGAACAACGAAGAUACAUGCGCCAAUACGUAUCAAGGGUGUCGUGUACUUUCAUAUCAUUACAGGACAUAAAAAAGGGAAGGAAAAAAAAAUCCUUUUGAUAUUCAGAAGUUUCGAAGGAAAAACCAAGGACAAAUAUAUGUUAUAAAAUAUAUUUUUAUUUUACCCCUACAUGGCCUAGUGGUUGGAGCUUGAGGCAUUAGUUUAAAAAGCAAAGGGUCGAUCGGUGUCUACAGCAUGUCUAUCCUUAAUUUCUAAUUAUUAGGCAUUGCAACGCUUAUCGGU